GUGAGGAGCUGACAGCGAAGUGAUUUCAGCGAAAUGGGGAAGGAAAAUAGAUGCUGUCGUAUCUUCGGAGCGAAAGCGGAUACGGCAUAUUGAUCCAUCAGGGUUUGGAACGUUGGCCUGGGGAAGGAACAUUGAUACAUUGGGGUUUGGAACGUUGGCCCGGGGAAGGAACGUUAAUACAUUGGGGUUUGGAACGUUGGCCCGGGGAAGGAACAUUGAUACAUUGGGGUUUGGAACAUUGGCCCGGGGAAGGAACGCUAAUACAUUGGGGUUUGGAACGUUGGCCCGGGGAAGGGAGCCUGAUCCAUUCUCUUGCAGUGGUUAUGGGAGGCGCCAUUAGACACGCCUUCUCUGUGCACAGCGCGUAGGCGCUGCCUGCACUGUCCAGAGACGGGGAGGUGGAGAAUCGCUGUGACGACGGGAAUACACACAAAUAUACAUUAAUAGAGGCGGAUAGGGAUAAACAAGGGAAGCGGGGAGCCAGAGAAGCUUCAGCAAGGCGGAUGAACCGAGGCCGGAGCUGCAUUAGCCCCGGACCAUGCCGAACCAGAAGAACGCCAAGGGCAGGAAAAACAAGCGCACCAACAGCAGCGGAGACGAGCAGGAGGCUGCGGCCGGAGCUGCCGCCUUGGCGGCCGGAGCAGCAGGAUCGGCGGCCGGAGGCGCUGCUUUGGGCCAGUCGGAAACAGGCAAUGAUCACGAGGCUCCGUGCGCCUCGCCGCUGGUGUGCAGCUUUGGCAGGCCGGUGGAGUUGGAGAAGGACGAUUACCAGCGCGUGGUCUGCAACAACGAGCACUGCCCGUUCGGCAACUGGAUGCACCUGCAGUGCUUCUACGAGUGGGAGAGCAGCAUCCUGGUGCAGUUCAACUGCAUCGGCCGCGCCCGCAGCUGGAACGAGAAGCAGUGCCGUCAGAACAUGUGGACUAAGAAGGGCUACGACCUGGCGUUCCGCUUCUGCUCCUGCCGCUGCGGCCAGGGCCACUUGAAGAAGGACGUGGACUGGUACCAGGCCCGGCGGAGGCAGGACGACAAGAAGAAGAAGGUGGGCGCCAAGGCUGGCGAGCCGCUGCCCGAGGAGGGCAAGAAGUGCAAGCUCAAUCGGGCACCCCGCUCCCACGACGCCCAGCGGCGGCACUCCACCGAUCGGCAGAACUCUCAGGAGAAGGGGGCGGCUGGCGUCCAGGCCCCCAGCCACAAGGAGCACUUCAGGUCGCCGUGCGGCUCCCCCCCUGAGCCGUCCCCUCCACCCUCAGCUCACCCCUACCUCUCCUUCUCCGCUGGCGGGCCCCGCGGCUCCCGGCACCUGGGCGAGUUCCUCAAGACGGCGCUUCACGGGGAGCCAUGCCGCAAGCUGAUGCCCAGCGGGGGCGGACGUUACGGCCAGUCGGAGUUGGGUGCCGCGGCUCCCCGCCUGGGCGCCCUGGACUCUCCGGUGCAGUUCCUGCGCCGCCUGGACCUCUCCGAGCUGCUCACCCACGUGCCCAAGCACAAGAUGAACACGUACCACGUUCGCAUGGAGGACGAUGCCCAGGUUGGCCAGGGUGAGGAGCUGAGAAAGUUUAUCCUGGCUGCGCUCAGCGCCAGUCAGAGGAACGUGGUGAACUGCGCGCUGUGCCACAAGGUUCUGCCGGUCUUUGAACUCUUCCCACUGGUGGACGGCACUCUGUUUCUCAGCCCUUCCAGACACGACGAGAUUGAGUAUGACGUCCCUUGUCACCUCCAAGGAAGGCUCAUGCAUCUCUAUGCCAUCUGCGUGGACUGUCUCGAAGGGGUACAUAAGAUAAUUUGCAUCAAAUGCAAGUCACGAUGGGACGGGAGUUGGCAUCAGCUGGGCACCAUGUACACUUACGACAUCUUGGCUGCGUCUCCGUGCUGUCAGGCCAGACUUAACUGCAAACACUGUGGGAAGCCAGUUAUUGACGUGCGAGUGGGAAUGCAGUAUUUCUCAGAGUACAGCAACGUGCAGCAGUGUCCACACUGUGGCAAUCUGGACUACCACUUUGUAAAACCCUUUUCUUCAUUCAAAGUGUUGGAAGCUUAUUGACAAAUGCUUUCUUCUUUAUAUUUUCUAGAGCAAUUGGUAUGUAGGGUGUAGUGAUCUGUUUGGGUUGCUUGUGUGCAAGUCUUUAUCCAGUGUUAGCCGAGGAUGGUGGGGGAGGGUGUGGGAGGGGGAAGCAGCUGAAGAGGUGGACGGAAAAGGUUUGGAUGCAAGCAGCUGGUUUGGGUUUGAUCCCUGCAGAACGGUUAUGUGCACACCCCAUUCCCACCUUUCGAAGCUCUAGAGACUGGGAAUGGUUUAUCUCUUCGGUCACUCCUGGGGCUUGAUGGUUGAAUGUAUCCUUAUGCCAGGCUCGCCCCUCCUAACCAGACUGCCUCUUUGUCGACGGACGUCCGGGGUGUUGAGCGACUCAUGGGAAAACAGAAAUUGCUGUAAAGUCUCUGCAGGUUCUGCAGAGAGGGAAAGCAGGGUUUAAUGUUUUGGGGUCUGGUGACCCUUUUCCUUGGGUUAGGUGAGAGAGGAACUGGCUUAGUUGCUUGAGGUGGAAGGAGUAAGAGAUGGUCCACAUUUGUAUACCCCCUCAACUCGCCACAUCAAACAAGACUGCAUUCACCCCAGGUUGGCCGCGAAUGGCUAAAUGGGGGUUAAUCAUCUAAAUUAAACUGCGCCCCCCCCCAAACUAGACCUGCACAUUCAGCCCCCAGGAGCAAACCCCAAAUCUCACCUCACCCCACGGCCUUUCUGAGUGAGUUUGCAUUCUGGCCCCAUCUGUUUGAUUGCUGAGGGAAGGGGCGGUGUGUGCAAGAGCUGACCCUGAUCUGGCUACAGCCUGUUUGUAACCAAACCCUUCCCCCACCCGAACCCACAUCCUUUCCGAAAGACCCGAAGUUGAGAGACGUUAGGCCUGGGUCACCUCCUGAAUGCACCUCAGGGAGGCUGCUUUGAGGUGAGCUCACUUGGUGCAGACUGGGGGUUGCAGUUCAGACCUAUGGCCCCUCCUCUCCUCAGCAGGAGAAAAGAAGCACCUGCAUUUGUAUAGCACCUUUCAGGAUCUCAGGCCAUCACGCGGCCCGCAGCACAUGAGAGGGAUAAACACCGACCAGGCUAUCGGGAGGAAGUUUUCUCGCUCCUCUUCAAGGUAGUGUCCAUGGGAUCCAGAGGAUGCCUCAGCUUUAAUCAAAAGAUGAUAUGCCUGCAGGACAGCACUCCCUCCGGAGUGUCACCAAAGUUUUGAGUUCAAGACUUCAUUUGAGCAGGGUUGGAGUGGUCGACUGGGGAAUGAACGCACAAGCUCCAUACACUGGGUUGGAGUUGACAGUGAGGAGCAAGGGUCAAAAAGUGUGGCGCUGCAAAAGCACAGCAGGUCAGGCAGCAUCA